UGUUGACGUGAAAGAAUCGAAUAACUGACUAAUAUGUGGUAAUGAAUACGAACGGAUGAGACCAUACGAAGUGAUCGUUAUAAAGAGGGCCGUACAUGGCGCUCGAUUCAAUACUCGAAUCUCGAUCGAUAAUCGAAAUUAAAUCGUUACUCUCGACAUCGUCAUAUUGCAUGUUACGCAGUACGAAUUAAAUCCGCAGUAUUGAAUUCGACCGAAUAUUGACAUAGAUUGAAUAUUUUAUAUAAUAUUUCAUUUUGAAAGCUUUUAAUGAAUAAGAUUUAUUUCAAUAUGAUAACUAUAAUCAAUAUUGUAUUUUUAAGGUUAGAUACGAUGAUCGCGAAAGAAGCAUCAUGCAGGUUAACGUGCUGUUUGAAUUUGACGAAAGAAGACAUAAAGAAGAAAUAUUACAAGUGCAAGGAAAUUAAUCGGAUUAGUUCGAAUAAUGGAAGAGGAUGAAGUAGAAAUUGUAGAAGCAACGUAGAGUAAAUUGUAAGGAAGCUGAUAUAAUAUUCAUGGUAACUGCAGAUUAAUUAAAAUUGUACAUUAAAUUCGGUCGAGUAUAUUAAAAUUGAUAAUUCGUUAUAUGUCCAUAAACUAGAAGCAAGAGAAUUUACGGUAAUUUGUAAUUCUUCAUAUAAAUCUACGUAGCACAUGGAAACUGAUCUAAAUAUCACAUUUUAUAAGAAUUUAUGAAUAUAAAAGUCGUACUUAUAAUAGAUAUAGAAAGGAUUACCAGUUUUUCUGCCUCGUGGAAUCCGGCGAAGCUGAUAGUAAAGCUUAGAUCCUUUGGUGGUCUCUUUAAAGUUCACGUCGAAGCGAUUAAGCAGGAAUCAGUGACUGUGUCGGUUAAACACGGAAACCAAUUGGUGCAAUGGCAAGCUCGUCGAUGCUGUUGACAUUUUCCUUGGUAGGAGAAGGAUGAGAAAUAGAAGGAGAAGGAGGAGGAAGAGGGAGAGGAAGAGGAAGAGGAAGAGAGACGAAUCGAAGAUGGUUCAACCGAGAUGCUGUGGCACCACGCUGUUCGAGAGAAGAGGACGCAAACGGAGCGAGCGAGAGAGCGAUGAGAUGCUAGUGGUGGGAGAGAAACAGAGUAGGAGUACGAGAAAGACAGAGAGCGAGAGUGAGAGGGAGGGGGAGAGAGAGAACGAGAUAGAGAGGGAUGAAGAACGAAGAGGAGAACGGUCCAGUCGCAGUUCCGACGCGGCAUCGUGCGCGUCAACUUCGGAUUAGAUAGAGACACAUACGAGGGACGCGUGUGUUCUUCGAAGUAUACACGUUCGUUUGUACGCAUUCGCUUAUACGCGUGUGUAUAAAUAUAUAAAGAGAUGUGUAUACGAGACCAUGCGUUAAGUUAUAAUUAGCUUCGAGCGUGUUUCUCAUCUUCUUUCUAAAAGAAGAAGAAAGAUAGAGAGGGAGACAGAGAGAGAGAGAGAGAGAGAGAGAGAGAGAGAGAGACAAAGCUUCUUCGGCUGGGAAGCUCCGAUUUUGACUUUAACGUCAUCCAAGCAAGCAAGCAAACCGAUCGCUAGUUAGUCUCUCCUCUGUAUGUAUACAACGCGUACGACACAAACAAUUUUGAUAUAUUCCUCGAGAAAAUAGACAGUGGGACAAGGUCAUAGAGAAAUACGAAGAAGACGAAUCGAAGAGUUUCCUUGAUAUCUAAUGAUUUCCGAACGAUUAUUAUUUCUUCUCAAUUGAUACUAUGGCAUUUCUCGAUUUCAUCGAGAGACUGAGAACACGAAGAAAGUGAAGAGGAAAGGAAUAAUAUAAUAGAGGAAAGAAAGAAAGAUAAUAAUAAUAAUAAUAAUAAUAAUAAUAAUAAUAAUAAUAAUAAUAAUAGUAGUAGUAGUAAUAAAAUUAUAAUAAUCCUAAUAAAAAAUAAUAAUCAUCAGAAGAUACAAAGUUUUCUAUUGCGAAUCUUUUUGAUUGACGGAAGUUAUUCGAACGAGAAUAUUUUAUGGAUAAAAAGAAAGCGGGAGAAUACAGUACGGGCUUCGAUUUUCGAGCUUCCGACGUUCGUCUCAGCGUUGGAACCUCGUGAAACGACGUGAAAGGGUAGUGCGAAUGAGGCGAACGCUUUCAAACCGAUGAGAUGACAGUGCUGUGCGUGCUGUGGGCUACUCUGUCCACUGUGGCAUCGAUCCUAGCGUGUUCUGGCUUUUAUUUGCCUUAUUGGAUACAGGGACGACUGCUGGGAAAGGCCGACGCGUACUUCAGUUCCUUUCGGCGUUGCAACUAUCCACGAAUCAGAGCACCUAACGCUACUCCUGAGAUAGUUUACGAGUGUGCUCGGUACUCUAGUUUCUGGGAUAUACCAAGCGCAUGGUGGCAAGCUAGCACGGUAACGAUGGGGAUCGGUGUAUCGAUUGCUGUGAUCGGUGCUUUAACUCUUCUAGCAGCAGCAUCUUCUUUUCUACCCCAUAUACUAAGGACUCCGAAGCAUACGAGGCUUCUUGGUUCCAUACAUUUCAUAGCCGCUGCAAUGAUAUGUGGUGGUUUGGUGAUGUACCCUAUUGGAUGGGACAAUCAAGAAGUACGUGAGUCCUGCGGCAAGGCUGCGAACGUGUACAAUCUCGGCAAAUGCUCAUUGUCCUGGUCCAGCCAUCUCCUCAUCGGUUCGGUAAUCUUGCUGAUGCUGUGCUUCGGUCUGAGUUUCUGCACUGCCCGACACAAGCCGUCACACUCGCACACGGAUCCCCUGCGCAUUUGACAAUCGAUUCGCGCCUACUCCUCGCCGAAGACGACAACAACCACUCUCUCCUUCGUCACAGUCUGUUGAUCGUCACUCUGUAGUCAACCGAUGACGUACGUACGUACGUAUCUUGUGUGUUCGUUUGUCUGUAUACGUGUAUACGUGUGUGCGUGUGUAUGUAUGUGUACGUGUGACCAUGUGCAUCCAUAUACUUCAUCGAAGAAGCACUAACGCGACUACGAAAUUCGUAUUUCAUCGAGAAAUAGCAUCGAUUCUCUAUUCCCGUUCUUCGAAUAUUGUUACGUAUACUCGCGAGAAUACGAAAUCGAUUGUUCUUUAAGAGUUUCAAAUGUAUGUAUGUAUCUUUACGUAUCUAUGUAUGUGUGUCAUCUUUUGACGUGUAUGUAGGUGUACGUAUGUAUUUGCGUGUUUGUUUAUGUGUAUACGCACGUAUGACUUAGUAGAUAGAGAAAAUAAGAAGACAAAGACCUAUCUAAUAUAAGAGUCGAGUACUUGCGAUUUCAACAAUCGCACUUGUUAUAUAAUGGGUUCGUUGUCGAGUCGCCAUCCUACUUGACACUCUCCUAUCAUUUCCUUCUCUUCCUUACUUGUACCGUCGUAAGAGGAAUUCUCUUGGAAAUUCGAACGAAAGGAUUCGAUUUGAAUUCUUUCUGUCUCUCUCUCUCUCUCUCUCUCUUUCUCUCUCUCUCUUUCUCUCUCGCUCUCUCUCUCUCUCUCUAUGAAGCUUCUUUUAUUCUUUAAAUAUUUCCAUUCAAAAAUUACCUAAGGCAAAAUGAACGAAUACUUCUUGUAAAAUCGAUUCUCACAAAACCGCCUUUGGCUCUUGUGCAUAGCGUAGCAUAGCAUAGCACAGCGCAGUAUUACAUUGCAUUGGAGAAGGAAUUUUGGCUCUUACCUUCUCUCAUGUUGGCAUCUUUUUUCCACUUUUGCUCGCGGCCUUCGAACUCAUUCGAAUCCUUUCGUUUUGUGAAGAUUUGAAUUCCUUUAUAAACCACUCUCGAGAAAAAGAGAGAAACUGGUUUCCUCUUUCUUUUUCCUUUUCUAUUCAUCCAUCUAUCUGUCUUUCUGAGGUUGCUUUUAAAAGCUGGCCGCAGGUAGAUUUCCGUCUUUCUUCGCGAGAGAGAGUAAGAGAUGAAGAGAAAGAGAGAGAGAGAGAGAGAGAGAGAGAGAGAGAGAGAGAGAGAAAGAUGGAAUGAAGAAACGACGAGAGAAAAUGACGUACAAAUGGAAGCGUUAAAUUCGGAUGCCUCUUACUUUAUGCAGUUCCAUAUAUAUAUAUAUAUAUAUACAUACAUAUAUAUCUACAUAUAUAUGUGUAUAAUAUAUAUAUAUGUGAAUAUAUAUAUAUUUAUAUAUAUAUGUUUAACGAUAUAGUGAUGGAAUUUACAGCGUGGCACGCUUAUCUCUGGCAAAGCCGCGUUGUGCUGCUGCUGGAUUCUACUACCCUCUCGCGUGGACACUUGUCUCCCAGGGGUUUUAGGUCGUAAACAAAUACUUCGUAAGUACGUUUACCCUGUGCACGGAUUUAAAGCUCGUACAUACACAAGCUUUAACUUCUCUCUACUUGUAUAUUUCUUCCUCUCUCUCUCUCUCUCUUUCUCUCUCUCUCUCUACACACACACACACAUAUGUAUACAUGUAUGUAUGUAUCUAUAUAUAUAUAUAUAUAUAUAUAUAUAUGUAUGUAUAUAUGUGUGUAUAUAUAUAUAUAUAGUUAUAGCACUUUGUCAUUGUAUGCUAUACUCACACAUGUAUGCAUCAAAUAUAUUUUGAUUCUUAUCAUUUCCAAAGAAUUAACAACAAUGAUAAGCUUAGAACUUUUUUUAUUCACAUAAUUUCGAUUUUCGUUUUAUCGAAGGAUAAAACGAAUAUUGGAUUUGUAAUCUCGAUAAAAUAUUGAAAGAGAAAGGUCGCUUGACUAAACGCAAAUUUCAGUGUCGAGUUGCAAAUUCUAUUAGGUUUACACACUAAUACGGAUUUCCUUUUACUGAAAUGUAGUACGCGCUACGCGUGUUUCACCCUUUAUUUCUCUCUCUCUCUCUCUCUUUCUCUCUCUUUCUCCCUCACUAUGAGUUCAACAAUACGAUCACACGAACUUUUUCAAUGGAUACGAAAAUCUGUGGUAAAAUCCAAGGUGUUUUUUGUUCUUUUUCUCCUGUGUGUGUUUGUGUCUAUGUUUGUAUGUAGGUGUAUUUUUUUUCUGUUAGAAUCAGCCAGUCGAGAUAUUUCACCGAUAAAAGGAUAGUAAAAUAACACGAAAAAAAAAAAAAAAUAAAUCGGAUACUAUUGCAACCGAAAAUGGAAAGACACUCUUAUUUUCUUUGCGAUACUUCAUAAACAUUUUUCCAUCGAGAUCGAAUUCCAUGCUUUUUCCAUAAUGAAGUUCAAUGGCGAUAAUAAUGAGGAUGAUGACAAUAGUGUUGAGAGGGAAAAAAAAAAGUAAUAGGGCAUAGCAUUUACGUAACAAGAUUCCAUUUUGGAAUAUUUUUUAAGUAUAUUCACGUCUUUUCCAUCGUCUCGUUCAUUAUCGAUCGGUUCGUUUGAAUUAACGUUUAUUCUUUGAAAGAAGAAUGAUUAAGAGCAUCGUUAUCAGGACGUAAUAUUAACUCUUUAGAGCUACUAUGUUCAUUCCGCAUUAACGUCUGACGUUUAGGAAAUUGAAUUUUUCUCUUGGAAUAUAUAAUAUAAUAAAAUUCAUUACUUUUCUUUUUUUCUUGUUCAGUUUUUUAUUUUGCAAUAAUAUUUAAGGAUACGAUUACAGCGCUCAUGUAUUUCAUGCUAUAAAUAAAAAAGAAGAAAAGUAGAAACAUUCUUUGAAGGUACAAUGAACUUGUUUCGAAGGUAUAAUUUUAAACUUUAUUUUGAGGAUAUAAUGAAAUGUAAUCCACUUUAGAAAAGUAUUUCUUUUAUAUGCACCAGUUGAAAAUCGCACUUACUACUACAAUAUUACGAUGAUGGUUUGAUUCAUUAUAGUGAAUUUCACUUGUUAUAAAAGCGAGAAGAACGAUAGACCCUUUUUUCUUUUUUCCUUUCUUUUGAUAAAAGGCAUUGGUAGAACGAUUGUGUCGACGAUGGAAAAAAAGUGGAGAUUAGAAAGAGAAAGAAAGAGAAAGGAAAAGGAAGAGAGUGAGAGAGAGAAAGAGAAAGAGAGAACGUGACUGAAGCAAAAUGAGUAUAGUCCAAAGCGUACGUAGCUUGUGUAUUCGAUGGGUUUGCGGUAAGUUAAAUACGAUAUUUUUCCGAUAACGUGAAAAUUAUCAGAAGAAAUUGUUUGUAAUCGACAACGGAAAAUGAUAUUAUCUGUAUAUGUGUGUGUGUGUGUGUGUGUGUAUAGAUAAAGAUCAAGAUGAUUCCUUGUUUAAUGAAAAAGUUAUUUGACCGAAGGUAAAUAUAUACUUAUUUGGUUUCAGACGUAUACGUAUAACCAGAUUUGCUGGGUAGAAUCUAACCGCGUAAUGAGAGUUUCGAUACGGUUUAGCGGUAGUCCGCAAUGAAAAUCCACUCCGAUAAACGAGAUUUCGAUAAAUGGAGUCGUACUACACGAACGAGAGAGAAAGAGAAAGAGAGAGAUACAGAGUUCGCGUAGCAACGACUUCUCAACGAAGAAGCUUUCUCAGGGAUCACUUUCGAGCGAUGGAUCGAUCGAUCGUACGAUCGAACGAUCGGAGAAUCGUUCGGCGAUCUCUAGCAAAAAGGUCUCCUUUCUGUUUCAGUGCACGAAGGAACUCAUCUCGUGUUAAAUUCUGUCUACCCUCUUUUAUAUUUUUCUCACGCAAACACGUAAGUACAUACGUAUGUACUCCAACACAAAUGCGCGUACUCCUACGUCCUUACGCAAUCGAGCCGAUCCCAUUUUGCCUUUUAUCGACUUCCUUCUUCCUUCCCGAAAGCACUCGACGUGUUGCUUCUAUAUCGUUGUAGAAACACAACGUAUCGUGGAAAGGUAGACUUAGAGAGGAAAAACCGCGUAGAAUAUAUAUAUAUAUAUAUAUAUAUAUAUAUAUAUAUAUAAAGAGAGAGAGAGAGAGAGAGAGAGAGAGAGAGAGAGAAAUCGUCGAGCUUGGUAAAGAAGAAAAGGAUGAAAGUAAGGAGACCGAUAGAAAAAGAGAAAAGUAUCCUUCUCUCGACUAGAACUACAAUGACGAAGACAAGAGCGACUAAUCGACCUAUCGGUUUGCUAGCAAGACGCACAGCGUUUCCAUAAGGCGAUUGUCAAGCUCGAUCGUUCGUACAAAAGCGACUUUUCCCGUUUCCCUUCCGUUUUCUUUCGCCGAAGAAACGGCUCUUGUGUUAGCUUUUCGUGGUACAAAAGAGACGGAGGUGGUCGGAAAGAAGAAGAAGAGGAAGAAGAAGAAGAAGAAAGAGAAAGUGUACGUGUGCGUGUGUAUGUGUGUGUGUGUGUGUGUGUGUGUGUGUGCACGAGCGUGCGCAUGUAUAAAGCAAGUAACGUUAACCACGGGAACGGGUGCCAAGUAAAAUGCGUUAAAGUCGGAAACGA